AUGGGUAUAUCUGGUGAUGACUUUGCAUUGCUGGCCUCAGACACACGACUGUGUGCCGAGGACAGGUAUUUCAUUUACUCCCGCAAUUCUCCACAUCUAUACAAGAUGGGGAACGGGAAAGUCCUAGCAACGACAGGAUUUCAUGGGGAUGUUCUCACACUGACUAAGUUAUUAGAAAAUCGGGUUAAGACUUACCGGUACGACCAUGGAAAAGAGAUCUCGACCAACGCCUUUGCAGCCUUACUUUCUGUCACAUUAUACACCAGAAGGUUCUUCCCAUUCUAUGUCAGCAGCAUCCUUGGUGGUUUGGAUGAAGAAGGCAGGGGGGCAUUGUAUCGAUAUGACCCUGUCGGCUCAUUUGAACGGGUCAAAUGCGCUGCGGCUGGCAGCUCUGGGGUGAUUCUCCAGCCAUUUCUUGAUCACCGGGUGGAGGGCAAGAACCUGUCGUCAGGGCUUCCGCCGUUAGAGAAGGCCGAGGCUAUCAAACUCGCCAAGGAUAUAUUCAUCAGCGCAGCAGAAAGGGACAUUAACUGUGGAGACGCUGUUUUAAUACAAGUAAUAACCCUUGAUGGGAUUGAAGAAUUCCAAUUCCCUUUGCGUCGUGACUGA